GGCGGUCGGGACCAUGCGCACGAGGAGCUCCGGGCAGCUCGGCGCGCCGGCACCCCGUCUUGUGCCCUCGCGCGGGACGUGACACUCAUGGCGGAGCCGUGGAACCAGAGCGCGGCGUGGAACCGCUCCUCGGCGGGUACGACCCGUUUCAGCAGCCUGGACGACAUCGACGUGCCCGCGGACGGCUCCCCGGCGCUGCGCAUCCUCAUCUCGGCCGUGUACUCGCUGGUGUGCGCCGCGGGGCUGUUGGGAAACUUGCUCGUCUUCUUCCUGAUGAAGGCGCGCGGCGGCCGGAAGAAGCGCUCCAGCAUCAACCUGUUCAUCCUCAACCUGGCUGUCACGGACUUCCAGUUCGUGCUCACGCUGCCGUUCUGGGCCGUGGACACUGCGCUGGACUUCAGCUGGCCGUUCGGCAGCGCCAUGUGUAAGAUAGUGCUGACCGUCACCGUCAUGAACAUGUACGCGAGCGUCUUUUUCCUCACGGCUAUGAGCGUCACGCGCUACUGGUCGGUGGCCUCGGCGCUGAAGGACCGGACUCGGCGGCGUGUGUGCCCGGUGCGGUGGGUUAUCGCCGCGCUAUGGCUGUCCGCGGUGCUCGCGUCCCUGCCCACGGCGAUCUUCUCCACGGUGAAGAGCGUUGCCGGCGAGCGCCUGUGCCUGCUCGCCUUCCCGGAUGGCCAGGCGUGGCUCGCGUUGCACCACCUGCAGAAGAUCCUCGUGGCCUUUGUGUUCCCUAUGCUCAUCGUCAGCGCGUGCUACCUGCUGCUGUUGCGCUUCGUGCGUCUGCGCAGCAUGAACAACAACCAGGUGAAGCGCAGGUCCAGGGUCACGCGGUCCGUCACCAUCGUGGUCCUGUCGUUCUUCGUGUGCUGGAUGCCGAACCACGCCAUCACCUUCUGGGGCGUGCUGGUAAAGUUCAACGUGGUCAACUGGGACAAGACCUUCUACAUGGUGCAUACCUACGUGCACCCGGUGACCGUGUGCCUCGCGCACACCAACAGCUGCCUGAACCCGGUGCUGUACUGCCUCAUGCGCCGGGAGUUCCGGAAGAAAAUGAAGGACCUCUUCUGGAGGAUCUCCUCUCCCUCGGGGCCGAGCACGUGCCACCUGCGGCCGUUCUCGGGGACGGUAAGGGCGGAGCCGGAUGACACGCAGGUGGCCAUCCCGCUGAACAACGUGGAGACGGAGAACUGCCGCCUGUCGGUGCUCACGGACCAGUGCGCCACGGACGCGAUGCGCAGGUGAAGAGAUGGACGGACCGCGCCGAGUUGCAGAGCCGUGGACAUGACGUGUUUUGCUCGACGGGCGGCUCGGGACUUUUGUGACUUUGCAUCAAAGGGAUUUAUAAACGCUCACAGUCUGAAGCUGUGGCGUGGACAGAGAGCGGGACCGUGCGUAAAUACGCUGCGGUGCGUAAAAGCGCACAGAACCAUCUCUGUCCUGUGACGUGUUCAGAAUCAGUUCUCUGUGCAGACUUGAUGCUGGGGGGUGUCGGGUGAGGGUCAUGCUGCUUCUGCUGCUUCACGCGUUCUUCUGUGGAGUGUUUUUGGCGCUCGUGGCUGCUGAGUGUUCUGUAACUACAUGAAUGUAAAAAAUCUAAAGAAACCUUAAAAACAUGUUUCAGAAUAAAAGCAUUAGUGUUGGCAUCAGUGUCGCUGCUGUUUGGUGACCGCGGACAGGCAGGGGAGGGGUCCGGUCCACUGACUGCUUGCUCGCUCACAUGACUCACAGGCGCGCGCUUGCGGUUCCUCUCUCUCCAUCUCAGCAGUGUGCAUGGAGAGGAACCGGGGAAACGUCAGAAACGCUGAUAAAUGACCGCGCUGUGGUCACUGAUUCCCGCUGAAUGUCCGCAGGUGGACUUUCUGUGACCCCGCAUAUGUUUUAGAGUGUGGAUAGUUUCCUUUGCCGGUGACGGCAGCAGUAAUUAAAACCUGUGACAAGCAGAAGAAUUUUCCGCGUUCGUGUCUGAAUCCAUCAGCGCGCACAGCCUCUGCUCUCCACACGGAAAAGUACUCAGGAUGUUUUCCUCUCAGAACCCACGGGAGCUGGGAGGUACUGGAUCCUGAGUUUAGAAGUGUGAAAUUUUCUGCUGAACCGGGGAUCAUGCUCUCUGUCCGUGUUUCCGCUCCGUCCGGUCCUAGAAGUCCUCGUUCGCUGUGAAUGCGCGGAAGGUUUUGGACCUGAGCAGAAAAUACUGAAGCGCAUCUGUGAGACAUUAAAAUCUGGAUCUUGAUUUCAGGUAACAGACACACAAAAGGCACAGACGUGACAUGAAUUUAACUGUGUAGAUCACAGCCAGCAGGGACGGCGCUAGAAAGAGAAGAUCUGGUCGUAAAUAUGGAAAAUCAUAUUCACAUGUACACAUGAGUCUCAAAUAAAUGAUUUUCAUCAUAAUUGACCAUAAAAAUGAAGCGUGUGACGUUCAAUAUUUCAUGCAGAUCAAACCUAAAAAGUCCAAAUGUGCUUGUUUACAGGCUCUAAUGUAACAUUUACUCCUGUUGGGCUCUUUGCUCUGUCUCGGCCCCUCUGCUCACUGAGAUGAUGCUCAGUGUUACUGACAACCUCUGCUGCCUCAUUUAACCUGUUGUUAGUGAACUCUUCUCUUUCUGGUGAAGCAGUAAGCAUGUGAAAGCUUCAGAAUCAAACGCAAGGUGUCUGCUUGGGAUCAUUGAUGUUGCCGAUCAAAACAUGAGCAUUUCUAAAGCCGGGCUGAGUCUCACACUUUGUUUCAGGCAUUUAACCCCCGAUGUCUGAACUCUAAUGCAGUGAAGCUCUCAGACUUUACUACAGACAAAAACACACCGCCUGGUUUCAGAUGCGAGUCAAACCUGAUAUGGGCCUGACUGUGGAUCUUUAGUUUAAACGUGUGUUUGAAUGAUCACUCCUGAACUUUACCCACUCAGAUGUGUUUCGGGUAGAUUUCUGCUCGUGUCCACACACACCUGUUCUUCAAAGAUGCUUUCUGUCACUUCCUUUAAAAGACGUUUAAAGCUGUGAACAGAACCUGAAAAACGACUGCUGUGACUUUUGAGCUCAUAUCUCAGAUUUGAACAGAGUUUCUCUUCAGAGCAGCGAGGUGAGCGGAUCGAUCCAAAUAUCUAUAGUACUAAUACCAACGCUGGUACUGGUAUCAGAUCAGUAUUUGUUAUUUAAACACUGCCCACUUGAUGUUCAUUUGAUUUUAAAUGCAAAACUAUCACCAAGCCUGCGGUAUGAAACACAUCUGAAGCUUUCUAAAGGCCUGUUUUAUUGUGUGAACUCAUACUGUGUUACGAAUUUUCAGACUCAUGACAAUCCAGCUCAUAAAUCAUGACUCUGCCUUAUGAAGGCAGCUGUAGGGAGAGCACUGAGUUACUGGGAUCUGUCAUACUGGCCCUGUGUGUCGCAUCAAAGCCAGAAUUUGCAGUAGCACACAGCCUGCAGGUUCCAACAGAGGAAAUGUGUGAAAUGUGGACAGGGACGUGAAAAUUGGAUUUCUGACGAUGUAAGUUUCUGAUCGUUCAUUGUUUUGUGCUCUGAGAGCGAUCUUGAGAGAAAGCUACUCUCAUACUUUCUCUUUUAGUCAAGCAAACUUUGUUCUUUUUCUCUCUUUCUUUUUUGUUCGUGUUCAAAGUACAGCUGAUAUCUCUUCAUAAGACGGCACACGUGUUUGGAGGUAAAGUCACAGCCGUUAGUUCUUCACGUUCUGCCGACACAUUAAAACCUUCCAAAAGUAACUGAAGCUCUUCUCAAACAGGAACCAUGACGAGUAUGUCUGGGGUUUUAUACUUCCUCAGCUAUAAACUGAGAUCAGAACACUCUGAGAGAGAUUCAGUAGUGGGAUGAAAUUCAUGUAUUGGGACGAACAAAGAAGACCCGAUGAAGCAAGCGGUCCACCACAAAGAUCCAAAGCAUGGAGGAGGUUUUAAAAAAGGAACGCAUGCAGUAAAUGUAUUCCUACAGAUAGAAACUGGGGUCGUGUCAUAAUUUAAAAAGAAGAAAAACUCGUGCUUAAACUUCUCAGCAUAUUGAAACAUUGCCGUCUGAGCCGCCUCCACCUGCUCUGUGCUCUGAUUUCAGGCCAGUCUCCCAGGAGGCCGGCACGUAGUGUAGUGCUGAUCUGUGUUAAAUAUUCUUCAUUUUAACACCCAAAAAUGUGGAUUUCUAUCCAAACUGUUGGCAUUACUGAAGGUGCUGCUCUGCUAAUCAUUAACAGUGGUGGUUAAACAGUGAGUAGUUUGGGUGCUGAGAUCAGAAGUCGUGACUGAAGGUGUUAAACUUUGCCUUUACUUGAACUUCUCCUCUCACACGGACAGUUUAUUUUGCCAGCAACAUUUGAAUCUCAAGAACAAGAAUUUCUUUUGCAAGUGUCCUGAUGACAACUGGCAGAGCUCCAUUAGGUUAGUGAUUACAUAAGCUAACCAGUGAGAUAAAUAAUCUGGAUGCUUUCUCAUUCUGAGUCUGGUCUCGGUGGUCUCAGGCUUCACCUGCGGACAAGUCACUUAAAAUCACCUUAAACUGGUUUGGCCUGAGAGUUCUCUGAUUCCAGCCAGAAGGAGCUUUGAACUUUGAACGACCGUUUCAAAGAUGAUCACGAGCUUUAGUGACAGCUAGAAGAAAUAAGUCUCAGAGCUGAAGAAGGUAACUUCCCACAGUUUUCUGACGGAUGGAGAUCAGCGUGGAGUGAGAAUAGCUUUGUAAAUAAGAACACAGCAGUCUUUGCAGCCUUCAGGGCGUUAAGGUUUACGAUGAUCCAACGUAAUGAAGACGCACAUGCACACAAAUAACAUUGCCUCAGAAGAAAGGCAGGACCUGAUUCUACAAUAGCUUCGGUUCGUUCAUUACUUUCUGAAUGUGAGUUGUAAGAUCGACGGGCUCAUUGAUGUAGGCGUGCUGAGAUGUCAUAGGUUAGUAGUUUUCAAAUGUUUUGUAUCCAAGGUCAAAAGUUUAGUUAUAUCUGCAGAAAACUGACUUUUUUCCUCUGAACCGUUGUAAAUUCUGAUUAUCUCAUCAAAUGAAGGCACGUUUGGUGCAACUUUAGCUGAUUGUAUUUUAACGAUUAGUUUGAACCUCACGAUUGUCAGUCGCCAUCGUCCAUGCUAUCAAUCAGACCCUUUCAUGUGUACUAACACAGUGCUUCUGUAGCACUUUUGCAUAGUCCAGCUGAUAUAAAGCAAAAAGUGAAACAAUGUGGAAGUGCCUUAAACCUGCAUUCUUUCUAACGGCCAGCAGGGGGCGACUCCUUUGGUUUGCAAAAUUACUUCCAGUUGUAAAAAAAAAAAAAAAGUCUACCAUUUUUUAAAAAGGCUGUCAGCUCACUUUAUCUUUGACGUCAGUAAACACGUCUCUGAGUCGUUUGAAGUCUUGCUGAAUGCAAUAUUUAGUUCAUUGUGUAAGUUUUGGUGAUUAUUAAAGAUCAGGACGACCCGGGUAUCCUCAUUGGCUAAUGACUUGUCAAUCACAAGGAGCUGGUGGCUACACCCAUCUUUGAACGGAUUUAAAAUGACCACAUGCGUCUAUAAUUCGUAGCGGUCCUAGGAUGGAUCCCUGGGGUACGCCCAGCUGAAAGUUCUUUCUUCUGCCUGAUAAAUCAUUUUGAAACCAUUCAACAGCUUUUUUUCUAAAAACCCUGUAAACAGCUGUUUGCUUUAAUAUUGUAUGAUGUACUGUGUUGAAAGCCUUGGACAGAUCAAUAAAAGGGCUGCACAAUGUU